CCGGAGUGGUGGUGUGAGAGAGAGGAGGCAAGUUGGGAGUGUGAGAAUCAUUCCUCCUGCCCUCUGUCUUCACACACUGCUGCCCGGUGUGUGUGUGUGCGUGUGCAUGUGUGUGUGUUGCUUGUCCCUGCACACACACACACACACACACACUCUCUCUCUCUCUCUCUCUCUCUCUUGCUUUCUCUCUCUCACUCAGAGAUGUACGCAUGCAGCGACCGAAGGGGGAGAGAGAGAGAGGGAGAGAGGGAGCUUGGGGGAGAGAACACAUCGCAGCAGAGAUGCAGCAGGAGGUUUUCCGAGCCCAGCAUCUGCUGCCAACGACUCAGCAUUCCUGGUUUCCAUGGAUGCCAGGCCAACUCCCCCCUUAAAUAUUUCGGGAGCUGGUCAUGGUGUCCGGGGAGAAGGUGCGGGACCCCAUCCACGCGGGCCUUAUUCAGUCUCGUCUGAGUGAAAAACACCUGGCUGUUGGGCUAGCGCCCCUCUGUGUCAUCACACACUGCCAAGCCGAGGACGCCGCUACCCAGCACUUGUCUUCCCCUCCGCUGACUCUCGUCACUGCAGACCCCCCUCACACUCCUGACUCAAAGCAGGCCAAACCAGACGCUCAGCCCGAGGAAGAGGAGCAGCAGGGGGAAGCUGAGCGGCUGGCGAUGAAGGGGAAAAGGCAUGGUGGCCGAGGAGACGCAAUGAUGGAGGAUAGACUAGAUAAUAUGGCUAAUGGACCUAAAAAUGCAAAAAUCACGCUAAGCUUCCCACUUAGCGCUGGCCCCCUCCCGGCCUCGCUGACGUCACCCAGCUACUGUCGUAAUGCAUCAUCAUCCUCUUCCCCACACAGACGGCGGCCUUCCUCUAAGAGCUCAGAUGAGGGGUCACUAUGGAAACUGGACUCCACCAUGGACGUAAAGCACAGACCUUUUAAGCCCUCGAGGCACGACAGCUCUCCGUCCUCCUCACCCUCCUCCUCUUCCUCUCCCAUGACAGUACAUGCACUUAUCAGGAAGGAUAUAAAAUCCCCGCCUCCCCUCAAGUGCUCCAAACUCUCUCCAGAGACCCCGCUUCACAAGUCAGUGCCGGGGUCCUGCAGCUCCUCUGUAGCGGGCUCCUAUGAUGGAGACAGAUGGGACGAGCACCACAAGACGGCCAACGGUACAGCCUCGCCCUCGCAAACGGCCCAGAUCCUUUUCAGUCUGGGUGCCUCGGCCUAUCAUAGAGGAGGCGGGGAAAGCGACAGGAAGGAGAAAACGGGGAGACCAGCUGGAAAGCUGGGAAGCCCUCACGGACCAAGCCCACACCCACCCACGCUGCACCUCCCGCCCCCGCUGCCUCCACCCCCUCCUCCUCCCUCGGAGGGUCUCACCGCACCCCCGCACUCAUCGUGCUACUCCCCCACCGACACCCUCAAGCCCGAGCUGAUUUGCGGGGUGUGCCAUCGGCUCUUCAGCUCAGCCUCCUCGCUCACUGUCCACAUGCGGUUGCAUCGUGGAAGCCGCGCCCUCAGCUGCCGUUUCUGUGGCAAGGUCUUCAUUCACAGCAAGAGACUGCAUUCCCACGAGGCCUCCUGCAGGGUCUCGGGCCUGCCCUCUCGACUGGGCCCGUCUGUCGCCGUGCAGCCAAAGGAGGAGCCGUUGGAGGAGGGCGAAGUGAGACUCGAGGAAGAAACAGACACCAGCAAGGUGAGGCCCGAGAAAAAAGCCCACAGCCUGCUGGCUCGAAUCCAAGGUGAUGAUGCGGCAGCCACAGAGCUUCUGGCCGCCGAUGAAAGCCAUUUUGUCAAGGUGGUGGACGGCAAUGUCAUCUACUUCUGCUCAGUUUGCGAGCGCUCCUACAUGACACUGUCCAGCCUCAAGCGACACUCCAACGUGCACUCGUGGCGCCGCAGGUACCCGUGCCAUUACUGCGACAAGGUCUUCGCUCUCGCCGAGUACCGCACCAAGCACGAGGUGUGGCACACCGGAGAGCGGCGCUACCAGUGCAUUUUCUGCUGGGAUGCCUUCGCUACCUACUACAAUCUGAAAACGCACCAAAAGACCAUUCACGGCAUCAAUCCCAGCCUCAUCUCCAGUGAAAAGACCGCCAAUGGUGGAUACAAGCAGAAGGCUAACGCCCUCAAGCUCUACCGGCUCCUCCCCAUGCGCUCACAGAAGAGACCCUAUAAGACUUACAGUGACACUUUGCAUAACAGCCUGCUUAUGACACCCACUGAAGGCCCUUCCCUGCCCCUCCCCAGCCUGGGCUGCGCUCCGGAGUCUGGAGACCUACAAGGCUUCAUCAGCGGGACCCAUCCUCAGAGCGUCAAGCCUGACCCAGAUGGUUUCCAAAUUGACUUCCCUGUCUCUAUGGCUGCUGAAAACAAGGAUCUUUCCACACUGCCACCCUUCCCCCAAGCAGACACACCCCAGCUUAAAAAACACAACAGCGAGACUCAAGACUCCGAGCAAGUCAAAGGCAGCUCCAAAACGUCUAGCAGCAGCAAAACCAAAAGUCACAAAGCGGCGAGAGGAACAGACUCAACAAGUAUGCCGUCUGUGAUCACGUAUUGCCACACCAAACCCUCCGUCAUAGUUCAUGGAACAGCCGUGUCAUCCUCCGUCAUCAUGCACAGCAACCAAGUCUCUCCUGGAACUGAAAAGGAUGAGUUCCCGGAAAGCAGCGUGAAUCCACCCUCGCACAAGUGCACCGCAAAGUCAGUCAAAAGGCAGCGAGACGGUACAGACGGCCAUAGAAAGAGGUCUAGAGAAAGUUCAGAUCCGGCGAGACGUAGACAGGAUGUGGACACAGACAAGUCAUCUUUCAAGUCCCGAAAGUCCCACAGCAAGAGUGACAACUCAAAGCAGCCCUCGCCAUCUACGGGGUCACAGGUCAGAGAGACGGGCCCACUCUGCCAGAUCACCGUACGUAUUGGCGAGGAGGCCAUAGUGAAGCGCAGCAUCUCGGAGACAGACCUUAGAAGAGACAAAAGCCACUCUCCCCCCAAAAACAAGCGAGGUGAGAUGACCUCAGUGCAUCACAAACACCACAUCCACCGCAGGGCCAGCCAGGGGGAGGAGGAGGAGGACGACUCAGGAGGAGAUUCCAAGGAGGAGGCUGUGGAGAACAUUGUCAAGUCCCAGGAGGAUGUGAGGGAGUACAACUUCCGGCAAAAAGUUCGUGAACAGGAGAGCGACCACGACAUGGAGGACAACUUGUGGCGGCCUUACUACUCCUACAAGCCCAAGAAAAAAACCCAGGCGCACUUGCAGAGGUUCAAGACCUGGCAGAGGAAGCUGAAGUUUAAGCGUGCUCUGCGGCUGAAGAGCAGAGCAGAGAGGCUGAAAAGGCGCGGGAGUACAGAAACAGAGAAGUCACAAGACGAGGAAGAGGGCAUAAAGCCGCCAGAGGUUGACACGUCAAAGAGUGAAAGCAAAGAAGAACAAGUGAAGGAGGAGGCCAUUCCUGAGCUUUCCAGUCCUUCUCUAUCCUCCUCAAAACCUCCACUUGCUUCUUCUGUGACUCCACCAGGACCUAAAAGGCGGCCGUGGACCAAUGGGAAUGCAGCAGAGUGCACUACUUGUGGCUGCUGGUUCUCCAGCUCCGGCAAGCGAGACCAACACGAGCUGAGUCAUCUUCUGGAGUUUGUGUGCCUCUUCUGCCGAGCCACUUUCCCCUCCAGAGACAAGCUGGAAGACCACCAGAGAAGCCAACAUCCCAAGCCCCCAGAUUUCUCCUCUGCCCUCCAUAAGGCGGCGAUGGACGAACAACAGGAAUGGGUUAAACCUGUGUCAGACUGUAAUGAGGAAAAGGUGGACCAAGUCGCCUUAGGUGCAAGUAGUUCCAGUCCCGCUCGUCUGAGCAGGCGGGCCUUAUCACGGCACACUUGUUCACAGUGUCACAAGGUGUGCAAGACGUCCUCCGCACUGGCUCGCCACAUCCGCCGCCACGAGUUGAGCAGUUCUCCGGAAAGGGAAAAAGAAGACAAUGUUUCAGAGCUGAAAACAACAACUGUAAGCAGAGAUCCGGUUCGUGAAAAAGGCCAAGUCGUCUCAGUUAUCAGCUAUUCCACAGCAGACCUCCCCAAUAACGGCGACUCGUCAGAAUCACCGCAGCAUGCCAACCAUCACAGUGAACCGAUGCCCCAACAUCAGACACCGGAAUCUACUGACAAGCCUGCACUGACCCAGUUUACACCCGCGGAACCCGAGAGAAAGCCCAGCCCAAAGAUUGCACCCCCGCCGGAGAGCCCGGUGAACUUGGCGCCCACUAAAAGCCACCUCUCCUCCCCCGCGACGCCCCCUACUCUGCAGAGUGUGCUGGUCAUGAACAGGCCUGAAUGUCUGGACUAUCGUACACCGAGCAAAAAGAAUCUAGACAGAACGGCGAGCCCUGCUCAUCACGCUACGGUGCCCGCCAGCACCUCCGCUCACGUGCCCGUGACGUCACAGACCAGAAUAACCACUGUUGCUCCCCCUGUUUCCAUGACAACUGUGAACAGCUCGGAUAGUGGAUUCAUGAAACGGGAUGGGGUCAUUAUGGACAGAGAGAGGCAGGCCGGGGGUGCUGUGUUUGUGCAUGCUGAUUACAAGGAACCCGCACUGGUCCAAAAUCUCAGAGUCCAGUCCCCGUCCCGCAGUCCGUCGCCCAAUGAAGCACAAGACCUCACUAUGUCCUCCAUACUGGCUCGAGAGAAGGAGCUAGAGAGACAACGAGAACGAAAAAGGGAACUAGAAAAACAGAGAGAAAGGGGGCGGGACAAAAACAUCGAGAGGGCCCAACACAUGAAUAGCCUUGUACAGACCUCCGAGGACCAAACGGCGCUGUUAGUCCCCAAAGAGGAGCCCUUGAGUCCUGUGCCGUCGCCCCAACACAUCCCAUCUCUGACCACUACGAAUGGACCCCCGUCACACAGACACACUCCAAAGUCUGCCACAGCAGCCGGACUCUCAGCUCUGGCCAACCAGCAGUCCACUUCACAAGGACUGGAACGCCUCAUGCUACCCAUCGGGGCUCCCAGUGCCGGGGACCGCCCUUCUGCUCACGCACUACUCCUCCCCCGGGCACAGAAACCACCUGAGCCCGAGCGCCAGGACACUUCCAGAGAUGCCCAGCAAGUGGAUCCCCCGCCAGUGUGCUACCCCGUUCAGGAUUAUCCCCUGCCUCUCAUUGUGCCAGACAGCUAUCACCUGGCCAAGAAGCAGGAAGACAACCUCCUCAUGCCCUCCUACCCUGCCGGAGCUCUUCCUUUCAGUCCUCUGGGAAAGGUCAUGGUGCCCAACGGUGCUGACUUAGCCAAGGUUCCAUUCUAUCCGGACCCGUACCAGCUCCUCUAUGGGUCCCAGCUUCUGGCCUACCCGUACAACAUGACAGCUCUUCCUGUGGCUCUCAACAUGAUGGCGCCCGGCGCGGACAAAGUGGAGCCGCUGCCCUUUCUCCCGGCCAUCUUUAACUACGCAGCUGGUGCGGGACCCUACAUGAGCGCCGCACCUCACCCGCUUGUGGCUAACCCCAGCCUCUACGGUGGCGUUGGCGGCAGCAGCGGCAAAAAGCAGCGAGACGGCGGCAGCAACAAACCAUAACAGCACCAUAAGGAUUUUGGACACGCCUGUAUGGGCUAGAAGCGAGCGGGGGUGCAUGAGCACGUUAUAGACCAGUGGUAGACACCCAAUAAGAGUAGAUGUGACAAUGAUGGGGAGGAGCUAAAAGCGCCAAGGGGAGGUCAGUGUUUUAUAUCAUCACUAACCCUCCCUCCUUCCGUCUUUGUUGUUUUGCCGUAACGUGUCGUAGAUCUAGAACUUGAUGAGUCAUCCUCUCCAACCUGCUCUAUUAUCUUAAAUAUAAGAAUAAGAACUGCUUACAGGGUGUGUUUUUCUGUGGGUGAAAAAACAAGCUUCUCUGUAUAAUCAAACCCACAACCAGGAGAAAUGCUUUUUUUUUUUUUGGGUGGGGAUGGGGGGGGUGCGUUGUCGCUCAUCACAGCAACUCCAAACGUGUUAGAUAUUUGAACAUGACCACAUCUGCAGAGAGCAUAGCUUGUACUGCAUAUGGAGGAAAGUUAUAUAUAUGUGUGUGUGUGUGUGUGUGUGUGUGCACUAUGACUAAUAUGAUAUGUGCAUGAGUGGCUUGGAUGAUUCUGCGUGAGAUGCACACAGCAUCCCUACUUUAGUCGAAAUAGCUCCUGUAGACUAUGGAAAGGAAUAUGUGGUCAAUAAGAAGCUUAGAUGCAACAGCGACAAAAGGUCAAUGUCUCGGCACACCGUCAUCACUUGGUGGCCGAUGACACUGUAGGAUCUGUACAGCAUUCACCAUAGUUUAUACCUUAUGUGCACACGAAUAGACAAGUAGUGGUCACUUAAAGGGGGCACUUGUAGCUGCUUUGGAUAUGUAGCUGGUCACUGGGUAAAGAAUUGCCGGCUGUUAACUUUUGCACUUCCCUUCAUCUCAUUUCCUUUAAGAGGAAAUAAAGAGUUAACUUGGAUCAUUUUUUUUUCCCCCUCUUGUGGAGUGGAAGUGGAAAUUGGCUCCAUUUCCUCAAGCAGGGCGAGGAAAGUGACAGCAAGGAAGGAAUUUAAAUGUAAAAAAAAAAAAAAAAUCAAAUGGAUUCAGGGUAUUGAGUUACAGUAUUUCUGGAUAAAGAAAAGGAAGCAGGAAAGACUUCUGAGUUGACAAUGAGCAGCCAAAGUGACGGCCGGACACCCCCCCCAGACGCCCCCCUGGGGGGGCUAUGUUGCUUAUGUUAUGUGUUAUCUCUUGUAUGUUCAACCACAUUGUUGUGAAGGCGGCUUCAAGGGGGCCUGAACCUAAAAAUAUGAAUGUAAAUUUUAGUCACGCGGUUAAUGAAGUACAGCUGCAUUAAUGCUAGACUUGGUUUCAGUUCUUUUUUUGUUUUGUUUGUUUUUUUUUCACUCCAAUAACCUAUUACAGAACAGUAUAACGUCUGGUAUGCAUAUAUCCAGUAGUCCUAGCAACAUGUCAAGUAAACUUGGGUUCUGUAUCCACAAAAGCAUGAGCGACACUUGCUUCCUAACUGUUUGUAUGCUCAAGCAAAUCUGGCACCACGCGCCACAGCUUUUCCUUUCCGUUCCGUGUCAAUCUUCCGUAUUUCUGUUUAGAUCGCCACCGUAGGCCCAACAGUCACUUUCAAGCGCUAUCGAGGCACGUUUUGGUUCCAAGCGAGGGUGCGAAAACACAGCGUGACCGACUGCAGGGGUGCACGAGCAUUACCCCCUGGGUGCAGUUACAAGCGUUUGCGUGUCUUUUUCGGGAGGACAGGGGUGAGCGAUGAAGCGAGUGACAAAAAACCAAAAGCAUCGUGUCCCUUGGCUCUCACAAAACGAGCCAUCUGUCUUUUUUUUUUUUUUUUUUUUUUUUGUAAGGUUGUGUCUAAAGAUUUAAAAAAAAAAGAAAGAAAAAGCCUUGUGGUCUCCAACGCAAUAUUUCAAUCCAUUCCUGUAGAUGGACAUACAUGUGUUUCUGGACCAUCGCGGUUGUCAUACAGACCAAAAGCAUGCCAUUUGACUCGUAUUGUCGUGACUGGACUGGAAAACAAUCUGUCUACUGUAAGUUUUAGUUCUAAUGAAUGUGCCUCUGCUUUGAUAUUUAAAUCCUUAUCUAAAGUUACUAUUGAGAUGUGGAUCUGCCAGAUUUCAGCUGUCAAGGUGCCUUGUCACGGGCAUAAGAAAUUAGAUUUGUAAAAUGAAGGUUGUUCUUCAGAUAUGAUUUUGGAGAUAGAUCUCAUGGCUUUGUUCGCUAUGAAGCUGUUCAUAGAUGUAGGGGUGUGGCUAAACUGUUUUGGUAUUGUGUAUCAUGUCUAGGAAAAUACUGUGCCAUAGAGAGCCCACAAAAUAUCUUCGUGUUAUUUUUCAAAAAAAAAAAAAAGAUGUUUUUAUGUUGCCUGAGGACUUUGUCUUUAGAUUUGAUACAAAGGCUUGUCGCCUCAGCUCUCCCAAAGUCUGUAGUCUCCUUUUCCAAUUCUCUCCCUGUUUCUGUCUCUUUGCUGCAAUCAAACAAAAUAAAGUAUUAACCUGA